AUGGCCAGUGUGAUCAUCGGCGCUGUCUUUCCUGACACGGUGCAUCGCUACGUUCCGUCGAUGCCGGUUGUUCCUUGUGACUCGGUGUCGAAAGAGCACGUGAACGAGACGUUCCUGCUUCUCCUCUGUGGACCAGAAAUGUUUGAGAAUCCUCGCGCGUUGCGUGCGGUUCAAGCAGAGGGCGACAAAGUCAGGUCCAGGGGGGUAUGGGACGACGAGUCAGCUGAAGAACCGGAGACCGUCUGUCGUCGUGCUAAAGCAGCCGGUGAGCGCAUACACAUUGCGGAAGCAAUGACGAUCGCUGGUGUGAAGAAUGCUGAAAUGGAGGAAGACAAACACGUCUACAAGGGCAGAGUGGUCUAUCGUGGAGACGCCACGAAGGAUGAACAAGGGUUGCCGGCGUUGUUUCGUGAGUUGCACUCGCUCCCGACAAACAUGCAGGCAAUAAACUUGACUCUCUUCCUCGGCUUGUGUUCGGGCUUUCUCGUGCAGGCUGCCGAUGCUUGCCAAGCUUUUCUGCAGGCUCCACUGCGUUCUCCGGUUUCCACAUACGUCGUGUUGCCUUCCGAGUUAUGGCUUCCUCAGUGGAGGGGUCGGUUCCGAAGAGUCGCUGUCAAACUCAAACGGGCACUCUACGGCCACCCAGAGGCUCCAGCUGAGUGGCAAGCCUACCUUGAGAAUGUCCUGAAGACAGUGCUACUUGCGGUCGCAGUCGAAGGGUUUCCGUCCGUUUUCUGGCUUCCGACACUCUGCGUCUUAGUCACGAUUUAUGUUGAUGAUAUACUCGCAGCCGGCAAGGCCGAGGGCCUGAAGAGCUUCUGGUCGCAGUUGCGUGAGCACAUAGAUCUUGACGAAGUGACUUCUGUGGAGAGGUUUCUGGGUCGCUACCACUUGUUUUCAGAAGACGGAACAACGGUGUACAUGCAGAUGUCUGCAUACGCACAGCAGGCAAUCGAUCUUUACCUCUCUCUGCCCGGGGCUGGGCCUUUGAAGUCGGCAAGCACGCCUUACGUAGCUGAGGGAAGCCUUCCUCUUGAAGACUUUGAAGUGAGAGGAGCUCUGGCCGAUUCCUCUGCAAAAAUAUUGAUGAAGCUACUUUGGCUCUCGCGGUUAUGUCGACCAGAUUUGGCACAUGUCAUUUCAAUGCUUGCGGUGCAGUCCAACACGUGGAGUCGUAAUGCAGACAAGCAGGUGCAUCGCUUGCUUUGCUAUCUGCAGAGCACAGCUGACUACUCUCUGAGAGGAAUCGUGAGGGACCCACUGCACAGCUGCUGGAUUGAUCUGUAUUGCGACGCAGACUUGGGCGGUUGCAUCCACACGUCCAAGUCAACAAGCGGCCUUUGGCUUCAAGUGAGCGGCCCCAACGGGACCCAGUUCCCGAUAACCUGGGCCAGUCGUCGCCAAGGCGCCGUUAGUCGCUCCACUACAGAGGCCGAACUUGUGGCGCUUGCGGAUGGACUUUUCACUGAAGCACUUCCGGUUCAAGACUUGCUCAGCAAGGUGUGUGGACAAACAAUACCCAUCCGUAUCCGUGAAGACAAUGAAUCGGCAAUAAAGGUCCUAAAGGCAGGAUACUCGGUAAAGCUGAGGGGUUUAGUCAGGACUCAACGCCUUUCCAUCGCAUCAAUCUCUGAUCAUUUGAAGAGUCAUGCAGACGAGAUCAGUCUGGAGUACACUUCUACGAAAGAUCAAUUAGGGGAUCUCUUCACCAAGGUUCUGUCUAGACUGCCUUUUGAAGAGCUUGUUGCGAAGCUGGGUCUUGUGAGAGCCCCAACACCAAGGUCCUGA